UUAUUACCGGCGUUACAAACUCAAAGCAACUGGAGUACAAUGGAGGAACCAAGGAAGCUAAAGGGUCACAAAGCCAGCACCACUUGCUCUAUCGCAUCUCAAAACCGCCCUGGUCUUAUUGCCACCGCAGCUGAGGAUGGGUGUGUGUGCUGGUUCGAUUUGAGGUGCAAAGAUAGUAUCUUUACAAUGGAUGUUGGAAAUGGUAACCCGGUCUCAUCAUUAUGCUUCAAGCCAGGAAAUGAAGAUGUUGUUUAUGUCUCGUCGGGAAAUGAAGUCAAAUGCUUUGAUGUGAAUAUGGUUACUGCAUCGAAACUACUGCACAGUUACAAUUACAACAAGGAUGAGAUAAAUCAGAUUGCUUGCAACUCAAAGUCAUCGUACCUCGCUGCAGCAGAUGAUAGUGGUGAUGUCAAGAUCAUUGACAUCCGCCAAAGUCGAAUGUACAAAACAUUGAGAGCUGGCCACACAAGUAUAUGUAGCAGUGCUCAAUUCAUUCCUUGGAGGCCUUGGGAAGUCAUCACUGGAGGUCUUGAUUCAAAACUUGUGCUAUGGGACUUCUCCAAGGGACGACCGCAGACGAUUUGGGACUUUGGCACACUUGACACGGGAAACAAAGGUAAUAUGGGACAAUGUUUGAACCCUGCCUUCGUUCAUGCUCUGGCUGUUCCUGAAGCUGAUGUGGUGGAUAAAUUUGAGAAGAUAUGUGUUGUGGCUAGGGGUGAUGGAGUUGUUUCUGUAAUAAAGGUUGAGUCAGAACCCAAUGCUGUCAAGUCCAAAAGUUCAGCUAAACCCAAGAAAGGUUCUAAAUCAGCCCCAAAAGUUGGCAGUUCUUCUGCUGAUCCUGAAAAUGGAAAUCAAAAUGGAGGAGACCUGCACCUUGAUCACGCUUUGGGAGGACACACUGCUGCUGUAUCUUGUGUGACUUUUUCAACAUUUGGAGACAAAGGGAAGUUCAUAAUUUCAGGUGGCAAUGACAAACAAGUAAAAGUAUGGGAUUGCUCUAAGUUUCUCAUCACUGGUGAGACAAGCACAGGCUGCGAUUUCCUUCGCUCUAGCUUAAGUUUGAGCAGAAAAGUGAACUGGCUUUGCACAACUCCUACUGAUUCAGAGAACCUAGUCGUCUGUGAUACAUCCAAGGUAGUGAAGGUUUACACCAUCGGGUGAAGCAACACAGAUUGAGCCGAGACACUUUACUUGUACAUGAUGUGACCCUCGGAGAAUGUUAUGCUCCCUAUACACCAAAUAUGGCUUUUUCUCUUGCACGCUAAUUGGACGUUCAUGGCUUCGCCAAUCAAGGUUCUAUCCUACAAGGUUUUGACCUAAAUAACUAGGUUCUAAAGCAAUGGUAUUGGCAUAUGCUUUUGCAUCUGAAGAAUAAAUGUUUGAAUUUCCAAUGUAAUUGCAAAAAGAUGUAUUAAAUAUCAAGAAUCUGAGGUUGUCUCUCCAUUGCAAAAAGAUGUCUUGGACAUCCAGAGUCUGAGGUUGUCUCUACAUUUCCUCUCUUCUUUUUUUCAUUGUGGUAGGGGAAUGGGUCCUGAGACUUUGAUAUUGAGAAUUGACAUUACUUAAUUAGAUAGUUACUUCGACGCACUUUUGUUUGUAUAUUAUUCUCUUAAUUUGUAAGCAGCACUAUAUAAUAAAAACACUCUGAAGAUAUCUACUGCA